AUGCAGGCUCCAAAAAGAGGUGUCAAAGCUCCAGUCGCAGCGAAGAAGAAGACGGAGAAAGUGGUGAACCCACUGUUCGAGAAACGUCCCAAGCAGUUUGGGAUUGGAGGGGCAUUGCCUCCAAAGAGAGAUCUUACCCGUUUCGUGAAAUGGCCCAAGGUGGUUCAAGUUCAGAGGAAGAAAAGGAUCCUCAAGCAGAGGUUGAAGGUUCCACCAGCUUUGAACCAGUUCACCAAGACCCUCGACAAGAACCUGGCUACCAGCCUGUUCAAGAUGCUUCUCAAGUAUAGGCCAGAAGACAAAGCAGCAAAGAAGGAGCGCCUUUUGAAGAGGGCACAAGCAGAGUCUGAGGGAAAAACUGUUGAAGCCAAAAAACCUAUUGUUGUGAAAUACGGUCUCAACCAUGUCACCUACCUCAUUGAGCAGAACAAAGCCCAGCUUGUUGUUAUCGCACAUGAUGUUGACCCAAUAGAGUUGGUGGUUUGGCUGCCUGCAUUAUGUAGGAAGAUGGAAAUCCCAUAUUGCAUAGUGAAGGGCAAAGCACGCUUGGGAUCGAAAACUGCAUCAGUUUUGUGCUUGACAACAGUCAAGAAUGAAGAUAAAUUGGAGUUCAGCAAGGUGCUAGAGGCAAUCAAGGCCAACUUCAAUGACAAGUAUGAUGAGUACAGGAAAAAGUGGGGUGGUGGCAUCAUGGGUUCCAAAUCCCAGGCCAAAACUAGGGCGAAAGAGAGGCUCCUUGCAAAAGAAGCUGCUCAAAGGAUGAAUUAA